GACUUUUCCUGGCACACAAAAGAAUGAGCUGAUUAUUAAUAUAUAUUGAACGGCCAGCUUUUGGAAUGACCUCUCCAGAUGAACAAGUAUUGCUUGUGACAGACCUUCUGAUGCACACGUGCCACACGUCAGGGGGGAAGAAGUUGUGAUCAUACUUCCUAUGACUGUACUAGACCAAGAGCAAAGACCUCAGAAUGGGAAGCUUGGAUAGUGAUGAGUUUAGUGACCUGUUUUCGGGUUAUGAAUACACCUCUUCCAGCUCAGGCAUAGAGAAAAAUGUCUGCAGAAAUGAGAGUCCAGCAAUGCUGAAGUACUUUGUGGCCAUCAUCUAUGUUCUGGUAUGCCUCCUGAGCCUGGUGGGCAACUCUCUGGUGGUGCUGGUGGUCGCCUGCAACAAAGGAAACCGUUCCGUCACUGAUAUCUAUCUCCUGAACCUAGCCAUUGCCGAUUUCCUCUUUGCCCUCACGUUGCCCAUCUGGGCUGUCCAGUGGGUUCAUCAAUGGAUCUUCGGCACCUUCAUGUGCAAAACCAUCUCUGCCCUGAAGGAAGUCAACUUCUACAGUGGCAUCCUCCUCUUGGCCUUCAUCAGCAUCGACCGCUACCUGGCAAUCGUUCAUGCCACUCGGGCAGCCAUUGAGAAAAGGCACUGGGUCAAGUUUGCCUGCCUUGGCAUCUGGCUGUUCUCUUUCCUCUUUUCCCUCCCUAUGAUCCUCUACCCUGAGGUUGUGUUUGUACAUAAUUUCACCUCCAUGGUUUGUUAUGAAGUCAUUGCAGGGGAGAAAACAUCUCAUUGGAGGGUGGUGCUGAGAAUCCUGCCACAAGUGAUUGGCUUCAUCAUCCCAUUGACCAUCAUGCUCUUUUGUUAUAGCGUGACAGUGCACAGGCUCUUUCAGACCAAGAACAGCCAAAGGAAGAAAGCAAUGAAAGUCAUUUUGGCUGUGGUGCUAGUCUUCCUGGUCUGCUGGUUGCCCUACAAUAUCUCCCUGUUUGCUGAUUCCUUGCUAAGGACUGGUGCUAUCGAGGACACAUGUGACCGUCGUAACAGAAUUGAUGCAGCCCUUGUGGGUACUGAAAUCCUGGGAUUUGCUCACUGCUGCAUCAACCCUAUCGUAUAUGCCUUUAUAGGGCAUAAGUUCCGGAACGACUUCCUCAAGAUCUUGGUCAUGCGAGGGAUCAUCAGCAAAGAGACCCUCUCACGGUACAGAGGGGGCUCCUCCUUCUCAUCUUCCUCUGGCAACACCUCUACUGCUCUGUAAUAGCGCUGCCUGGAGGGGAGCGGGGAGGAGAAGGUCAUGGAAGAGAGAGACUGCUCAGCUACUGAUACAUCUCAGUAGGCUUUAAGGUUCCGACUGAGGACUAAACACCACUGAGAUGCUUCAGAAUUUGUAGCUGCCCAUCAGCGUUCCCUGUAACAAGGAUUCUCAGAUGUUGUUGACUACAACUCCCACCAUCCCCAGAUGCAGAUGACUUCCAGCAUCUCCGGCUGCAAGUGGCCCGCCAUGGGGAAUAUGGGAGUCUUGGUCAACAACAUCUUGAAGUUCAUUCUCACAACCUACUUACCCAGGGUUGGGGUGGGCUGGCGGGGAGGCAGGCUCCUACUUGCCGCCCCACACAUGAGCCCAGUUCCCCUGAGGGCUCUGCCACGGCACACAAGCAGCGCUGCGGUGAGCAGCAAAGCCGGAAGCCAGGGGAGUGAGGAAGUCCUCCGGCAUCUCACAAUGCACCACACUAGGAGUGCAGCACAUUGGUAGGUCCCCCUGCUGCCGGGUGCUCUUGCUGCCCAGCUUUAGGAAUGCUUGGGCUGUAGGCAGCCUGAUGGGGGAAUGGCAUAAAGGGUGUGGGGGUCCCUUCUACUCACUAUUAGCCUGGAAAAAAACACAGGCUACUUGGUUCCCGAGGUCUGGGAUCGGGACCGAUCCCGGCACUUCUCAUGACCAGAUCUACCCUCUUAGGGCUGCCCUAGCCUGGGUACAGCCGGUCAUUAGAACAACCUUUUGGUUCGAUAAUGCUAAUUAAUGCCAUAAGUGAAUCCUUGCCUGCUUGCUACAAUACCAAAUGCAUUCAUUCUUCACCCAGAAAAGCUUUUCUACCCAGGACCAGAUUGUGGCCUUCUGCUGCUUGAGGCAAAGGCAUACCAGCCCUAUUCCCUCACCCAGAGCCACACUGAUGUUGCCCAACUCCCUUACAGUCCCAGUCCCCUGCUUAUAUGGCCCAGAUGAUUCCCCUUUUACCCCUGCAUCAGUUGCACUUUCCAGAUGUACUCUGCCCUCUGAUGCAUCUGAAUGCAGCUAUUGUUAGUACGGAAUCAGGGUCUGGUAGUUACGCUGGCUUCAUUGAUUCCAUGUAAGAGGAGCCCUCUACACCCAUUGUUUUGUACCUGUGUGGUCUGUACACUUGUACAUGCUUUUGUGUGAAUGACUCUGCCUGCUUUCAUUUUAAACGUGAAGCUGGCUGCAGGUUUCUCAAAUACAUGGUACAGAUGGCAAGUAUACUGCUGUACCUGAUUUCAGCAUACCUUGUGAAUAACUGUUGUGGUGUACAGAGCUGUAUCUGUGUGUAAAAGGAACAUGGAGGUGAGCUUUGUGGAACGUGAACCAAAAUGAGACAUCCUUAACUCUGGUCUUAAUCCAGCAAGUUUUUUGACCAUCAAAUACUGUAUAUAGAUAGUACAGGUGUUGAAUGUAAUGCGUGAAUAGGUCUUGUGUCUGGCCCUGAUCUUACUUUAAGCUAAAGAUUCUCAAUGGGCUUUUGACAGUGCUCUGAUCCUAACACCCUAUGGCUAUUCAGUGACAGAGAAAGGGAUAGAGAUUGGUGAAGGGAUUUCAAUGACCCCAAUUAUAGCAGAGCAAGUACGUAUGUUUGAGAAGAACCAAGUGCAUUAAGAGUAUCUUGAGACAGACCUUUAAGGUCCAAAUACUUUUAACAGACUUUUUUUUUACCAAAUACU